AUGGCAUCCACCGUCGCCUCCGCCAUCCGCCCAAGUCUGCGCGAAGCAUCGUCACGCCAGCAAUCCGGCAGUCCUCAUACGCCCACCAGUCGUUUUCUCUCCUCUGCCCAGUCAUCGCCGGGCUCGUACUCUUUUCGCGCCGAAGAAGAUCCCAUUAUCAUCGAGCUCGACCCUCGCGGCCUCAGUGCCGGCUUUCAGGGCGAAAGUGGCCCGCAGUGUUUCAUCCCAUUCACCUCUCAGAGUUCGAGACGAGUAGGGGAUUAUCGCACGUUUCUGCCAGAGUUCAGAAGACGUAGGCAAGAUGUGGCAUCCAAGAGUAAGGAGUAUGAAUUGUGGAGAAACGAUCUGAAAGAUGUCGAUUUGGAUCUGCUGGAGGAUAAGUUGGAACGGGCGGUUCGGGAAGCGUACAACAAAUAUCUGUUAGUGGAUGCAGGUACUGCGCGGUUGGUGUUGGUCUUGCCUUCACUAGUGCCUCAUCCGGUGUUGUCAACAGCCUUGACGCUGCUAUUCGAGAGAUGGAAGUACUCUACUAUCACACUAUUACCCGCACCGACCAUGGCCAUCGUUGGAGCGGGUUUGCGAUCGGGUCUCGUGGUGGAGGUUGGCUGGGAGGAGACGGUGAUCACGGCAAUUUACGAGUAUCGCGAAAUAAAUGUUCGCCGGAGUGUUCGCGCCAUGAAGGCUCUGACUAUCAAGAUUGGAGCACUGUUGGAGAGUGUCAAAAAAGAACAGGACGAGUCGAUUCGGGAUUCACUUGUGCUAGAUUUUAACUUUAUCGAAGAGUUCGUGGACCGCGCUGGUGCAUGCCAUGCGUUGUUUCCAGACACACCAGACGAUCUCUCAGCGAGGACGAAAGCUUUGAAUCUUGAAGACCAACAACAUACUGUUGCAAUUGGCGAUGACGCAGCAAGCAUGGUGAUCGACUGGCCCACUGACACAUCCUCUCGACCCAUCGCUGUCUCCAAACAGGCACUGUGCCAGGCAUCUCUCGACACACUAGUAACACCAAAGAACGAAGAACACAGGGACGAUCAUGAACAAUCCAUAAGUCAGCUCUUGUACACAACGCUUCUGACCGUAUCGUCGGAUGUCCGGAGUAUCUGCAUGUCAAGGAUCAUCUUCCUAGGCAGGGGUUCAGCUGUGGCAGGCUUGUCGCAACAAGUGCUCGACACGACCAAUUCCAUCAUCGGCGAGCACGGAUGGACGCCGAUCAGAGGGAAGCAUAUGACGGCAAAGCGGAGUAGCUUCGCAGAGCUUGCUCAAGCGAGAGCUGCUCCCCCUGAUGCUCGACACGAUGUCAACCCUCCCGGAGCCGAUGACUUUGUUGAAGCACGGCUCUUCAAACAGAAAUCGAAGGAUGUAUACCAACCUGUUGCUGCCGUCUUGCGACAGGUCGAGUCUCUCGGACCUUGGGCCGGUGCGAGUCUUGUUGCUAGUUUGAAGGCGAAAUCCUUUGUCGAGAUCGAGAGGGAGAGAUUUCUCUCUCAUGGACUGGCUGGAGCGCAUCGUGAUCUGGAUCCUGGUGCUCUUCAUCAACAACGCACCACUGCAACGAAAGGCAGCGAGAGAACGAGCUGGACAUUGGCAGGAUGGGGUUGA